AUGGCAGAAAUAUCAGCGGACGCAAGCCGCUCUGAAAUUAGAGAAAGUCCCCGAAACACUAUCUGUUUUUUCGUAUUUGGAAUACUUUCAUUGUUCUACGAUACAUUAACCAUCACGGCGGCCGAAGAUGUCUUAUCUGGAAGUGAAAUCCCCACUGCUGCUGUCAGCAUUGCCAUGGCUGCAUCGGUUCUUGGUUUAAAAAUCACCGCUUCAUGGUUCCUUCAAAAGUUUUCUUACAUGCUGAAGAUCUGCCUGUCGGUGCUGCUUCUUUUUGUAGGAUUAAUCGUAUUUGUAUCAGCUCCUAAUGUUCACUCAAGGUUGCUCGGUAUAAUGGUUAUGGAAUCGGGAAUUAGCUUAGGUGAGAUAACUUUCCUUGCCAUGACUGCCUCCUAUCAAGAAGUCACCGUAAUUGCACUCGUGGCUGGAAUCGGUGUGGCCUACCUACUGGGACCCUUUUAUUACGCGGGUAAGAAAACUUGAUGGCAAUUUUCAUUCAUUUUGAUGCAGCAUUUGAAAAUCACUAAAUCGUGACGUUGUAUGCUUCUGAUUGGGGAGUAAUGUGUGCCAAAAAUAUGAUACACAAUUUCGAUUUGUUGCUAGGACUAGCGAUUGAGUUUUAUCACUCAUGAUUCAUUUUUUGGCGCAAUUGGCUCCCUAUAUGUAAGUGAAAACCAUCCUUAAAAUAAAUACUUUUAGAUUGUGGUAACGUUUCGAUUCAUUAGAGAUUUACCGAUGCAAAGUACCCCGUAAGGAGUGCGUUUGCAUAUGAUGUAACAAGACCGUUUCUUGAAGGUGUCAGAACUGCAUUAUUUGACCAUUUGUAGGCUUGAUAAAUCAUUUUUCUUUCUUUAAGAAACAGCUUGCAAAAUAUUGGCAAAUAUCUCUUGAAUCCCUCCUGGAGGAUAUAAUAACAAUAAUAAUAAUAAUAAUAAUAAUAAAAGCUUUAUUUAUAUUGGAGAUAUCUAUCAGCACUAUACAACGCUGGAGCGCUGGUCUAAACAAGAUGUCCAGUAAAUAAAAAUUAUAAUAAUAUCAUUCUAAAUUACAUAUUUCAAAGACGCUAAAAACUGCUAAGAUAAGACUGCUAAAAACCGUCAAUUUAAUAACCACUAAAAAACUAAUUUAAAAUAUCAAGAACCUAAAAACUAUUAAAACGCUACAAAAAUCCAACUAGUUACACUGUACAUUUAUUGUUACUAAUGUCACUGUCUCUCAGUCGUUUAAAAAGAUUAAAUCUAAAAGAGCCUAUACAAGUUGUUUUCCUAAGUUCUGUAGGGAGAGAGUUCCAGUCACUUGCACCAGAAAUUUGGAAAGUCUUUCUUCCCGAAGAAGUUUUAGAUUGUGGUACGUCGAGAGUCCCUUGGUUCCGUAGAUUUCUGUUUUUGAGCUCAAUCUUACUGGUUAGGUAACUCUCUAGUUAGUUAGGGCAGUUUUGGUUGUUUACAAUCUUAAAAACAAAUCUGAGGAAUCGUCUCCUAUUGUACAGUAUUAACAGCCUUAGAGUGUUCCUCAUAAAUUGUGUGCGGGUGGUUCUGUUGGCCCUCAGAAUAAAUCUCAUGGUUUGGUUUUGAAGCGACAUUUAGAGUGGGGAACUGCACAAAGAUAAUUCAGAAAAUAAUUACAAAGAGGUUUCUAACUAUAUUUUUCGCGUAUCCUGCAGGCCUAACAACGUGGCUGUGCCUUGCAUCAAGAACGACAAUUUCAACAACAAUCCCUUGGCUGCUUCUUAUCUUAAUCACCUACUACAUCUUAGAGAAGAAAGAGAUCGAUUCAAUUACGAAAGAAGACGCUGGAGUCGAGUACAAACAGCUGCCCUCAAGCGAAAAAACCCCCUUGGAUGAAGCACCUACCUCGCCUGAACAUGGCUUAUCCUGGAAAGAGAAAUUUUCUGUCGCAAGGCAGAUUUUGCCGUAUGUCAAUUCCUCAUUUCUCACCUAUUUUGCAGCGUACCUCUCAACCCAGUCUAUCAUUACGACCCUUACCUUUUCAAACUCCUCUUUCACUCCAAGAGACCAUUACCAGUACUACAUUAUAUGCUAUCAAGUUGGAGAGUUUUUAGGAAGGUCCCAUAUCUUCCUGCUCUCUUGUACCUGCUCAAAAGUGGUCCCCUAUGUGCGAGUCGAGGAAACUUGGAUUUUUGCUGUGGUAGAGAUAGCACAUCUCAUGUUUUUCAUUUUUGCUACAUGGUUUCGUUUCGUGCCGCAUGUUUCUAUCGUACUAAUUUUCUGUGCAACAGGUGGAUUUGUGGCUGGAUCAAUGUAUGUUAAUUCGGCCCACACCGUCUUUAAGGUCUUCUCAGAUCCGAAACAGAGAGAAUUUGCAUUGGGCUUACUAACCAUUGGAAACGAUGUGGGACAGUUAACAGCUGGGCUCGUGGGACUUCAUGUGGAACCGCAGCUGAAGAUUCAUUGCGUUUAUGACCUGGAGUUAGAUGAUCAUUGUAUUACUAGACAUCGCACUGAAGCAGGCUGGGCAACGAAUACGCAAUGUAGUUCGACUGCAUUGUAG